AUUUAUGACCUCAGAGCAAGGAGCUGGCUUGAGGGCAGUCGUGGGCCAAAGGGAGAGUGGAGGUUAAAGGUGCGAGAUAUCUGCUGUUGACUUUGCAAGCGCUGCGUGAAACAUGGAACAAAACAGGUGAGAACUGCCAGACUUUGAUUAGGCGGCCAAGCACUUUGAGGUUCCAUUUAAGCAGAGGUGCUCAGGUUCUCUAAAACGUGAAAAAAAAAAACACCUGGAAAGGACUGAAAAAGAAGGUGAGCAAAGUCCAGCACUCUUCAGGAGGGUAUCCUGACCUGGAUCGGACCACCCGUGGACAUUUUAUGUGAUACAGAUCUUCAUCAAGUAUUCACCCUGGAACCAUCGUUACUGGACAAAGAGGAGGGACAGACGCUGGUUCCAAUGGAGCCUAACAUCUCGGGGACUUUCCUCUUCAACAACAGCCUGAACCAGUUCCCCUCAGAAAUCAAGGCACCCAUGUGCCAGUAUUCCAUGUCCAACACCUUCUACAAGCUCAGCCCUGCUAACCUCAACGCACAGCUGCAGGCAGGCACCCCCCAUGGCAUCAGCGACAUCCUGAGUCGCUCCAUGGUGGGAUCCCCCACUAACACUAGCCUGAUCCCAGGAUACUCCACCAUGGGCAGCUUUGGGACGACCAUGCCAAGCCCGGGUGUGUAUUAUAACCGGGAUUAUGCCCCUACAGGGCUGGCCACUUUCCCCAAAGCCAGCGCCGAGUGUCCAGGGGUGAAAGCACGAAGCAGCUGCUGGGCUGAUGGAGGGUACGACUGGAGGGGAGGAAGACAACAGUGUGGCAACUCAGACAGCGGACACUCAGCAGAGACGGCGGGCAGAAAGAAACACACCAGGCCCACGUUCAGUGGACACCAGAUCUUUGCCCUGGAGAAAACCUUCGAGCAGACCAAAUACUUAGCAGGACCAGAGAGAGCCAGACUGGCGUAUUCACUGGGCAUGACCGAGUCACAAGUCAAAGUGUGGUUCCAGAACCGGCGUACGAAGUGGCGCAAGAAGAGCGCGUCUGAGCCGAGCUCCACGCAGGCCAGCCGGGCGGAGAGCGGCCGGGACGGCUCGGAAAACGAGCUGGAGGACGAGGAGUACAACAAACCGCUGGACCCCGACUCGGACGACGAGAAGAUCCGCCUGCUGCUGCGCAAACACCGCAGAGCUUUCUCUGUGCUGCGCCUGGGACCCCACCACGUCUGAUACAACACGCACACACACACAUACCUGACACAGUGUUUACCAGAGGUGGGUAGAGUGGCAAACUCACAGGAGCUGUGUUUUUCAAUGCAGUCACUUUGCACUGAAGCAAAUGAUGUGUUUACUUGAUUCAUUUCCACAGGAAUAAAAUAGAACAAUCCGUUUGGCACGUUCUGGCAGCAGCUGUGUUGAUGUGAUAUAUUUUAUUCAUGUGGUAAUGAAUGAAUCACCUUAGCAGAAGAAAAAUUAGCAAAAAUCUGAAGUAUCAGGUCCAAAAAAACUGCUCUUAUUAUCAACCCAGCAUAUAGGAACUGAGGCGUGUUUGUCUCUUCUUGUUGGGAUCCUUUUGGUUUAAUUUAAAAUGCUAGAGCUUGAAAGAAGCAACAGCAAAGCCGUCUAGGAGCCGAACCACCAUAACAGAAUGAACCUGAACAGAAAUGAAGAAAUUAGUGACUAAAUGUAAAGGACUAAACUAACUGAGUAAAAUGUAGAUUCCUUUCCUCACAAAAUAAGUCAGAGUCCUUAUGUACAUGUAACUUUAGCUAAGUAAGUGAAGCUGGUUACUACCCACCUUUGAUCCUUACACUAGUACAGUGUACUGUGCAAAUGUCAGAGACCACCCAUCAAUCAAGUUCCAGUCAAAACAGGUCAUUCAUUUUUCAGCCCUAGUAAAUCUGAAAAGCCUCAACAACUGAACAGAUUUUGCUCCAGUAUUUGGUCUAUUGACCCUUUGCCUUUAUUACAGCUACCAUUCUUUUCAAGAGACACGCUUUCAGCUUUCCAAAGAAAUCUGCAGGGAUAUUUUUCAGUCUUAAAAUUUGGUUUUUCACCAUUCAGGAUUCAAGGGUGGUCAGUCCAUUGUUCUUUGCAAAUGUUCUAAUUUUUUUGCCAAAUUUCUUUUCUCAGUAAGAGCUUCUUUUCAGCUACCCAUCCUUUCAGACCCAUAGUGUUGGGUUGUCUUCUCACAGUAUAAGGAUGGACAGAAACACCUGUGGAUUUUUUCAGAUCUGAAGCAAGACUGGAGGCUGAUUUUCUCAAAGAUGAAAGCUUUGAGUUUAUCUGAAGGGGACUGUUUUGGUGGCCUAUGCAUUUGUAGAUGACUUUAUUACAACCCAUUGUGUGCAUGGCCUUUUCAAUACGGUGGGGUUUAUAUGCAAGUCGCUGCUGAUUGGGUAACAUCUCUGACACUCCCAUCGAAGAGAACAAACGAACUUCAAAGCCAAAACAACAUAUUGCACCACUUUGACGAAAAACAUGGUGUUUAGCCCGGAGACUGUAGCAAGAAACUGAGAUAGAACGUGUCUCAGGUCUAACAAGGUUGCCUCAUUUUCUCAGUGUCUGUUUUGAGCCUUUUAGCCUCUUAAUGAGUUCCAUUUUUUGGUGCAUGUAGAUCUUCUUGUGUCUACUCUCUUCAGAAACCUCUCCUCAAACAUGAAAAACGUACAUUAUGGCCGUCUUGAGUUGAAACGAAAUAAAUGAAGGGUGGUCUCUGGCUUCACACUACUUCAGAUUCAGCAGAGAUAUCUUUAAAUACACUAACCUUCCUUCGUGACUCGAGGAAGUUUGAGUCUGACGUAAACACUGUACUGUAUCCCAUACACUCUCAUUUCUAGUACUUCUUGUUUCAGCCCUACAUCUAUGUACAUAAUUUCCAAGAAUAUGUCUAUUAUUUAUUGAAUUUGAGAAGCUCUUCAACAUGUUCUUAGAACAGUGACUCUUUCGUCACCGAUAUGUAUGAAAAUGUUAAGCACGUCUCGGUUAUGCUGUGGUGAGCAACGUCAAUAAAUAAUAAAACUGAAGCUGUGCAACAAACUGGUGUGAGUGAUGACUGUGCGGCAGGUGAACGAGUGCAUCUUCAGCAG